AUGGCGUUUGAGUUGAGCGUCUCAAGAAUUGUCGCCGAUUUCGUUAUUUUAGCACUUUGUGCAAUUCCACUGUUAAUAUUUCACGAAUGGGUUCAGCCAUACAAACGUGGAUUUUACUGCGAUGACGAGUCGAUUCGAUAUCCGUACCGCGAUUCAACAGUAUCCCGGAAAAUGCUUAUUGUUAUUGGUUUGAUCAUACCUUCACUUCUUAUUGUAGCAACAGAAUCAUUUCGUGCAACUGUUUGGGAGCGAAAAUGCAAACACGAAUUCAAAGAUUAUCGUUGCAGACGAUAUAGCAUUCCACGACUUAUUGUCCGUCUAUAUGUAUUUCUCGGUUAUUUCCUUGUUGGUGUUGUUUUCAAUCAACUUAUGGUUGAUAUAGCCAAAUAUACGAUCGGGCGUCAGCGGCCACAUUUCAUGGAUAUUUGCAAACCAAAGGUACAUACAUGA